CAGACCGCUAUAAUUACAGGCGCAGCUCAGGGUAUAGGUGCUGAGACUGCCGCAAUUUUCGCACGCGAGGGGUGCAAGGUUGUCAUUGCGGACAUUGACGCCGCAAAAGCCGAGAAGACCGCUCAGGCUAUCAACUCUGAUGGGGGCGCUGCGAUUGCCGUUGCCGGAGAUAUUAUGAACAAUGAAGACAUCAGCAACCUGGUCCAAAAAGCUACUGAGUUUGGUGGCGGGAAGCUUCAUAUUAUUAUAAACAAUGCAGGUUACGCAUGGGAUGACCCGAUUGAGAAGAUACAGGACAAACAGUGGGACACCAUUAUUGCCCUACAUAAUACGGCACCAUUCAAACUCAUCCGAGCAGCCGCACCAUAUUUUAUGGUUAAGGACGGCGAGCCGAGAUCAAUCGUCAAUGUCUCAUCUACAUCUGGAAUACACGGCAACGCUGGACAAGCUAGCUAUGCCUUGGCCAAAGCAGGAUUGGUAGGACUGACUAAAACACUGGCCCAAGAAUGGGGGCCGGAAUACGGUGUGAGAGCGAACACUGUCGCUUUCGGGGCCAUCAAAACCAGACUUACACAAGCUCCCGCUGGUGAGUAUGUUGUAAGACCAGACGGUACAAAGCUUGCCGUUGGAUUUCAAGGGGGCUACGAUGAAGAAGAGAAAUGGGUGGGCGAUAUCCCCCUCAGACGGAUUGGAACUCCUACAGAUGCUGGGCGGGCAAUCUUAGCCAUGGUCUCUCCUCUCUUCUCAUAUGUGACGGGACAAGUCACUGGUGGCAAGGGUGGAACGUAG